CCGCGAACGACGCUUCUUAUUCCGGGCGCCUUUCUGGCGGGCGUAUGAUGAAGAGUAGCCUAAUGUGGGCUAUUGCUUUUGCUGUGUGCGUCGUAUUCACGUUGAGAGACUUCACAGGAAUGAACGGUGAAAGUUUGCAACAAAAAGAAAUCCCCAAGCUCAAAACGCAGAGUCUUCUCCCAACACUUCGUUUCGUCUAUUGGUCACCGGGAUACCCAUUGUGUGCCAUACGUCUGGCAACGUCUGUGAAGGAGUCUUACAAGCGGCAACUUGACCGAUGUCUGUUUGUCGUGUCUGCUUACACUCCAACUGACUGUAGCUCUGACACCAUCAAAGACAAGUUUUGUGACACCCUGGAUACCCUGUUGCGGCGAGCUAAAAGCUCAGUGUUGAACACUGAUGUCAUGCUGUCGAUGAUGGUGAUGGUGGUGAAGCCUGGUGGACGUGCAGAGCCAGGCAAAUGGAAGAAGUUCAGAAAAUCGGGAACCCUCAGAGAUUUUCAGUUGUUCCAUGCGACCGGUCCCCGAAAACCACGUGUCAGCAAAACCACCAAUGAUCAGAAUAGAGCGACUAGCUUUAGUAAAGAAGAACGCCUUGACCAGUGGGCCGAAUACUUCGGACAGCAAUUAUCGUGGCCACCAUCUGUUACUCAUCUGGAGCUCACACCUGACAUAGAACCCUUGAUGGUGAACGUGUUACAUCCUACGGCCUCGGAGGUUUAUGACUACAUGUGUUCUCUCAAGCGCCACUGA